CGCCCCCUGACGUCGGGUCGCUGCUGUUUCUUGGGCUCCGUGCAGGUUGCUUCUCCGCCAGGUCUUGUGCCUGUCGCUGCGUUCGCCGUCUGCACCAUGGCUUUCGUAACCAGGCAGUUCGUGCGCUCCAUGUCCUCCUCCUCCACCGCCGCGGCCUCGGCGAAGAAAAUCCUCGUCAAGCACGUGACGGUCAUCGGCGGUGGGCUGAUGGGCGCCGGCAUUGCCCAGGUUGCUGCAGCAACUGGCCACACAGUAGUGUUGGUGGACCAAACAGAGGACAUCCUGGCAAAAUCUAGAAAGGGAAUUGAGGAAAGUCUUCGGAAAGUGGCCAAGAAGAAGUUUGCAGAAAACCCCAAGGGUGCUGAUGAGUUUGUGGCGAAGACCCUGAGCAGCAUAUCCACCAGCACGGAUGCAGCGUCCGUGGUGCACAGCACAGACUUGGUGGUGGAGGCCAUCGUAGAGAAUCUGCAGGUGAAGAACGAGCUGUUCAAGAGGCUGGACAAGUUUGCCGCCGAACACACAAUCUUUGCCAGCAACACUUCCUCUUUGCAGAUCACAAGCCUAGCCAAUUCCACCACCAGACAAGACCGAUUCGCUGGGCUCCAUUUCUUCAACCCAGUGCCUUUGAUGAAGCUUGUGGAGGUCAUUAAAACACCAAUGACCAGCCAGAAGACGUUUGAAUCUCUGGUAGACUUCAGCAGAGCCCUGGGGAAGCAUCCUGUUGCUUGCAAGGACACGCCUGGGUUUAUCGUGAACCGUCUUCUGGUGCCGUACCUCAUGGAAGCAGUCAGGCUGUGUGAGCGAGGUGAAGCAUCCAAGGAGGACAUCGACACGGCUAUGAAGCUGGGUGCCGGGUACCCCAUGGGUCCGUUUGAGCUUCUCGAUUAUGUUGGGCUGGAUACUACGAAGUUCAUCCUGGAUGGUUGGCAUGAAAUGGACUCAAAGAACCCCCUGUUUCAGCCCUGCCCAUCCCUGGAUAAGCUGGUAGCAGAGAAAAAGUUUGGCAAGAAGUCUGGAGAAGGAUUUUACAAAUACAAGUGAGCAGCUUCUCUGGCUGGAGGACGAGGCCCCAUAAGCACAUACCAGCAGCUCCCCAAGUGCCCGCGGGAAUGGUCUUUGGUCAGAUGUUCCUGCCACAGCACAAUCUGUUCGAUGUACGUUUUGAUUGUAAUCUAUCUGAAGUAAUCAUUUACAAGAGUUAGAGUAAUAGCAGAUUUCUCCAUUGAGAAACUAAUUCCCUUUCCCUUUUUUAGUCUGUUCAUUUCUGCGUAUCUUCUAAAAAGCUUUACACCCUGGUGCCUUGGAGCAGACAUUUCUUUUGAACCUGUUGUUUUCAUGGACAGUUACCAGAACCUGAAUUCGUUUACUUGUAACGAGAGCAUCCUGUGUCCAUUGUUACCACACGGGAAAGUCUGCAGCCACUGACACACUGUUGUGUCUGUGGAGGGCUGCGAGGCAGCACCUGCCUCUUGCGUUUACUGGGUUAUCUACUGCCUGCAGCCUCAAGCCUUACCCUCCUUUGGGCAUGAUGUCAGGUAUCAUGUCUUGAUUCAACUCAUCAUUGAGAUGUUGCUGCUGGAUUAGUGGGAAGAUCUCCAAGUGCAGGAAGAUGUUUUGUUCACAUCUGAAAUCUGAAUGAUUAUUGUCUGUCUCUCUUUUUUUUUCCCAUGAGAAAUCAUUGCUGCAAAUUGACUCUAAUAAAAUGCAGUUUUUUUUAA